GCCAACGAUAGGUACCCACUUAGGUGCGUGUUGGAGGGACAUAUAAUAACACACCAUUGAAGAUUGUUUUAAGUUAACUAGCACGGUUACUCAAUAAUGCCCAGCAAAAAGAAGAAAUAUAACGCCAGAUUCCCUCCGGCCAGGAUUAAGAAGAUCAUGCAGACUGAUGAAGAGAUAGGCAAAGUGGCUGCCGCAGUUCCUGUCAUCAUAUGUAUCCUUAUCAGGCCCGAGAGCUUCACCUGGCUGUAUUUCAUUGCAUGUUUCAACUGCCUGGUCCUGUCGGCUGGUGGCUACUUUUCCCUUUUCUUAAUUCAACCACCAGCACGAGCUUUGGAGCUGUUCCUGGAGUCUCUCCUGACGAAAGCCUGUCAAGUCACCCAGUCCCGGAACGCAAAAACAAUGACAACGUCACACUUAAAACAGUGCAUUGAGCUGGAGCAGCAGUUUGACUUCCUGAAGGACCUGGUAGCAGCAGUGCCAGACAUGCAGGGCGAGGGAGAGGAGAACCACGCAGAGGGGGGGGAAAAAGGUGCACGCAGAGGUCGAAAGCCGGGGUCAGGCCGCAAGAACGGAGGAGCCCGCUCCAAGGGAAAAGACAAGAAGCUAUCAGACACAGAGUCGGAGCAAGAGGAUGACUCUGAGGAUAGCGAGACAGAUGGGGAUGAGGAGGACGGUUCUCAGUCAAGCACAAACCUGCAGCCGCAAUCCCGAUUCCACAGCCCAGACACCAUACCACCUCAGUACCUCCACAUGGGCACCACACAGGGGGGCCUGGCCAUGUCCCUAGGCUCCUUUGCCCCCCACCCCUCGCUGAUGGGCACCGCACCCCCGCCUCCCCCAUCCAUGCCGCACAAAGACGAUGACGACGACGAUGAAGACUAUGACUCUUAGCUCCCCCCGCUCUUUUUACCUUUCAUUUUCUCAUAAGUUGUUCUCUUGUUUGGCUGCAUUGACAAAGAGUUGGGUCUGGGGAAACGCUCACAUGCAGCUCAUUGUUCAGGAAAAGUCUACAACUGUCAGUAAGGCUCGUAGACAUGACAGCUGCCACCGCUGAAGAUGAGCGUAAUCGGUUGUAUAUUAUGUUUUAAUUAUCAUUUUUUUUCUUAUUUUAUUGUGGAGAGAAUUUGAACCAGGUUGUUUUUUUAAGACAGGUGGUCGUUCUAUUUGGACUACACACACAAAAAAACCAGUUGAUGCGUCAAAGCCUCUGGCCUAGCCCAAGGACAGGUUUGAUUAUUAAGUCCCAUUGUAGUUUGCACUUUGGUUAUUCUCUCUCUGUGUUUUCUGUUUGCGACAUUGGUGUUCGAAGAACAUAUCACUCCAUUUCCGCUUUCAAUGUCUGCUCAAGUUAGUUUGUGGAUCUCAACCGAACCCCUGCGCAGCCUAACAGCCUCAUAGAAUACUGUACACACAGACACCUACUUGAUGAUUUCAGAGCAGCAGUAUGUCAUAUUUUAAAAGUGAUCAGCACUUACCUAUAGGAAAAGGAGAUGAGGUUUAUUGUCUGUGAGGAUUAUCAUGAAUUUGGCAGAGUGGCAGGUCAUCCUCUCCAACUAGUUUGAUUGUUAGGCUACAUAGGCCCUCAACAAAUGGGUAAGGAGAUGUAUUUUACGAAAGGUUAUGAAUUCUUGUCAAUGCAUUUUUUUCCCCUUUUUAAUUAAACUUUUUAUGAUAAUUUAUCCUCAUGAAGACCUUGACCGUUAGCUUACUUCAACCAUAUUCAAAUGUAAUUAUGCUAAUGUUUACAACUCCAAUUGGAUGUUCUUGUUUGUUCAUUUGAAAUUUGGGUGACAAGUCACUACUUUGGAGGUAUGACAUGAAAUAUGUUGUUUUGUACCCCCCCCCCCCCCAAAAGAAACAUCUCUUGAAGACAAAAGUGUCUGUGCUGGCUAUUCUUAUCUGAAAGAUACUGUGACGCUCCUGAAGCAUAACUUUGUUUUUAAAGUUGUUAAACCCCUACCCCUUCUCACCUAUAAUUUGUUUUCAAGAAGAUAUCGUACCCCCCCCUCCCCACUUGGAAUAAAAUUAGCCUUUGUAUUACGUGUUGUUCUUUCUCUCUUUUUAGAUUGUUUUAAUGUCUGUGUCUGUCUUGAUAUGAAAUGUUUAACGGUAGGCAGUUAAACUUGAUGCUGUAUGUAAACUUUAACAUUCUUUUUAUUUUGUAUGGGUGAAAUAAAGUUCAGAUUUCAAUAAAA